AUGUCUUCAAACCCAAGUGCUCGACUAAAUGGUAUUUUUCAAGACACUUCAACCUCUGGUGGUGGAGGGAACGACGUAUUAAGAUACACAGCACCACGAGAGCCUUCUCAGCAGCAGCAGCAAACAGUGGCCCCUACGGCUUCAUCUACAUCUUCCUCGGUCGUGUAUUCGACCAUGGUCUCUCUGUAUCAAUACGAUGCAACAGCUCGUAAAUACGUACAGCUAGGAGGCACAACAGCUGGUAGUAAAGCAGCAGUAGGUUGUGUUAUUGUUGGCAGUGAGACGUCGUACAAUUUGCUAUUUUAUAACGCUGCCAAGCAGCAUUUGUGUGCGAUUCCGAUCAAAUUCGGGACGUUUAAACCCACACUUCAAGCUAAAAGUUAUGUGAACUUUUAUGAUGAGCAAGGUAAUAAUUGGUCGAUCAAGUUUCUAAGUGAUGAUCAAGUAGCUGAGUUCAUGCGUCAAGUAUUUCUAGCCAAGAUACAUGUUGAGAUUUGGGGUAGCGAGAAGACAGUGACCAAGACAAACCCGAGUGCUUUGAUACAAGAUGAUUUAGUGUUUGUUAAUCCUGAGAUUCAACAAGUGACGAGGAAUGACAUUGUCGCGGUUGCAUUCCGUGCGUGGCGAGUUGUAGGCAAUGCCAAUUCGGCACCAGGAGAUGUGAUGACAAAGUACGCACCUUUUGAAAAGGCUAGUGAAAGUGAUUUCCGCAAAAUUCGACUUGGAGAAAGCAGUGAACGCAUUAAGGCGUUAGAAGAGGGUAUCAUGGGCAUGAAGAAAGGCGGGAAACGAAUUGUGUUGGCCCCGCCGGGUAAAACAAAUGGACAGGACUGGUAUCUGCUGGAGAUCGAAUUGAUAAAAACCAAAACGGGAAACAAAGCAAGUCAACAAAAACCUGUGCUGGCUAUGAAUACUUCAGCAGCAUCAGAAGAAGCACCUAAAGUAUCCUCUGAUAGGAAGGCAUCACGACGACGUUCGAGUCCAAAUGCUACCACCGCGGCGGCAACAUCAUCGCGUUCAAACGCGACGCGCGGUCAGUACGAUCGGAAUGAUACAGCGAGGACUGGAGAUCUUGUGCCGUAUGAUGAAGACGUGAAUAGCAUUGCUGCAAAAAAUGAAAUGGAGCUUAAGGAGCUGCGUAUGCUACAACGCGAGCAACAGCUGGAGCUUCAGGCGCAAGCGCUUGAACGGGAACGAAUGAAUGUUGCUGGAAGCGGCUUCGGGUCUAUGGGCAUUAGCUUGGGUGGUGGCUUCAACAGCAGCUUUUCAAACUCAUCGGCAUUGUUCAAUAAUAAUGCGCUAGGUGGAGGGCGUCCGGUCGACAUGAUGUUAUCGGAAUUGAACGCCAAAGUGGAUUACCUCAUCCGCAUGGCACCAGCCGUGUCUCCUAACUCUGCGUCUAGCAUCGGUGCAGGUCCCAGUGAUGUUGCUGCUGUUAUUCGUGGUGUGGAAAGACUCGCAAGCGAAAACGAUCGACUGUUGACUCAGAUAAAUUCGCAACAUCAGCAACAAUCAUCGUACGAAAGACGUUGUGAGGAGUUGUUGGAGCAAAAUAGACGUCUACAAGAGGAGAAGCGCAUACUGCAGGAACGUUAUCAGUCUGCUGCAAGCUCUCAGCUGAAUGCAAACUCGGAGCUAAGUUCUCUUGCAAGUGCAAGGGAUGCUGCAGUUACGCAAACAAACCGUUUGCAUGCCGAGUACCAGCAAUUACUGACGGCCUACUACCAGCUACAGCAGCAACAAGGGUUUAGUAAUGAAACAGAAGAACACAAGCAGGCCUUAAGUUUUGAACGUGAAGCCCGGUCACGAGCUGAGAAACAGCUCGCUAAGGAAACACAAGCUCGGUCCUUGGCGGAGCAGGAGCUGGUGCUUACGAAAAAACAGCACGACGUGACUUUGCAAGUGAAAACUUCAGAACUUGCUACUGCAACGGUUCAAUUGGAGCAGCAUGUAGGUUCUCUUCAGGCGCAACUACAGAAGGUGAAUGACGAAAAAAUGCGAUUACAAACUCAUGCGGAAGAACAGGUGCAGCAUCUAUUAGCGCAGAGCGAAAUUAAGGAGCGAGACGCAAAGCAACAGCUGGAACAAGCUACACAGCAGCUUGCUCAACUGCAGCGGGUGAACCACGAAUUAACUGGUAAACUGGAUGUGUAUUUGGCGCGAGUUCAUGAAUUGGAGACAGAUCUUGAGUCCACUGCAGCAACCCCGGAUGCUCGAAAUACUGAAGCAGAAAGCAUAUUGGCGGCUGAAGAGAAGCGUCUUUUUGUUGAACAGAUAGAUCUAUUGCAGCAAAAGGUUAAAGACCUGGAAGAGGAGAAGUAUGAGCGAGUGCAGCAAAUACUGGAGUCUGGUCGCAUGUCAGCGUCGGGAUCUACUCUUGAGAAUGGCUUUGAGGGUUUUGAGGAUUAUGCGUCAGUGAAGGAGCAUGAGCAGGCAGCAGCGCGUGCUCUUGCCGCUGCAGAGGCACUCAAGCGUGAGGCACAGGAUAUGCUAGCUGUAGCCACGCAUUCUGGAGGUGCCGAGGAGCGGGAGAGGUUGGUGUCUCUUUUUAAGGAGUCUGUGAAUGAGAUGUUCUUCCGCUUUCAGGACUUGUUUGAAGAAGAGACGGCCGUGGAUGGCAAACAAGUGCUCACGGCUAUUAGAAAGGUGUUGAAGUCAAGCACAAAGACAAUCAUUCAGCAGCUACAGGUCCCUGCACCUUUGCAGAAUAUCGAGAAUCCUGUGGAGAGCGAUGGCAACGUGAGCGAUGGUCCUCCGUCACCUCCUUUGCAAGAUGCUUCGGUCGUUCAGGCUGGGACAGCCAUCAAGACCGAGACGAUUGCUGUUGAGGCAGUGGUAGAUUCUACAAAGAAAGAAGAGCAUGUGGACUCUGAGCAUGAUACCGAUGAAAACUUACCGUCUGUCAGUGCUACUGCUACUGCUGAAGGAGGGGAGAGACCAAGUGUAUCUUUUGCAGCAGCAAGUGCAGUGGAGGGUCCGAGUCCCACAUUAACCGAAGCUCCAGUCUUUACUACAGCAGCUCUUGUUGAUUCCAAUCAAGUGCAGUCUCCAUCAAGCAAUGAAAUUGACAGCAAGACUGACUGA